GAGAACGACGAGGAAAUCGACAAACCCGAAUCAACCGAACUAGUUCCUAAACAAGUAAAUGACGUCAUCAUUGUACCCCGCGGAUCGCUGUCGGUGAUUUGAUAAUAGCAACAACUUCUUCAUGCUUAUGAGUUAUUUUCAUCCUUCUUCCUUUCACCCACCUACACCUGUAACCUCCUGGUUUUUUUCCUGAAAUUUGUCCCUCGCGGGCAGCCGGUUUGCUUUGGAAAAAACUCGCCACUUGGAAUGCUCUACUUGACAUCCGAUAACUUUCCCAUUUUUGUACCAUUUGGCGUGAUCGGGUUCUAUCGUUACCUUUGGUACUGUAUACGCCUCGCAGCCUGCUUUGCCUACCGCCCAAUCCCAUUACCUGAAAACCCAACAUACAUCGCCGAAGAGGAUGUUACUAUCAUAGUGCCUACUAUCGAUGCUGGCGAGGAAUUCAAGGAUGCUGCUCGCAGCUGGCUCGUCGGCAAACCAAAAGAAAUCCUCAUUAUCACUGAAGAAAAGAUGCUCGGACCUUUACAAGAACUCGCCAACGCCGUUGACCCCGAACGUAUACGUGUCUUGACUGUGCCCUUUGCGAAUAAACGCUUGCAAAUGAGCCACGGUAUCAAAAACACAACAACAGACCUCAUCGUGUUUGCUGACGAUGAUGCCAUCUGGCCGCCCACGUUACUUCCCUAUGUCUUAGCUUGCUUUGAAGAUCAAAAAGUCGGUGGAGUCGGUACCAGUCAGCGCGUGCAACCCGUAGGCGAAAAGAUGACUGUAUGGGAAGUCCUCGCUGCGUUCCGUCUCACAAUACGAAAUAUAGAGAUCUCUUGCUCGACGCAUAUUGAUGGAGGCCUCCCUUGUCUUUCAGGGCGAACCGCAGCAUACCGCACCAUCAUUUUGAAAGAUCCCGAAUUCCUCCAUGGCUUCACACAUGAUUAUUGGCUUGGAAAGUAUCAACUCAAUUCAGGCGACGACAAGUUUUUGACACGGUGGAUGGUUAGUCAUGGGUGGAGUACGUACGUGCAGUGCUGCAAGGAGGCCGAAUUACUGAGUACAAUGAAGCCAAAUUGGAGGUUCCUGAAGCAGGUACUGAGAUGGACGAGGAACACAUGGCGCAGUGACAUGCGCAGUUUGUUCACAGAACGGUUCAUUUGGACUGCGCAUCCGUAUGUUGCGUAUACUAUGGUCGACAAAUUAUUCAAUCCCUUCACAUUACUCGCUGGCCCUUGUUUAGUGGCCUACCUAGUCUACAAGAGCACGAUUUCGACGGACAAUGGCGGUUAUCAUUUACCAUGGUGGAAUAUUCUAGCUUCUUAUCUCGUUUGGCUUCUUGCCACUAGAACUGCUAAGCUCCUUCCACACCUAUGGUACCGCCCUCAAGAUAUCGUCUACGUUCCCGCAUUUAUCGUGUUCGGAUAUUAUUUCGCUAUCAUGAAACUUUAUGCUCUGUGUACGUUGCACGAGACCGGAUGGGGCACUCGGACAGGUAUUGGCGAUAUCGCAGCCGCCACCGCCGCCAUGGAUAAACAAGACACAAAUAGAGGCUCCUUUGGCGCCAACGACAACGAGACUGUCAAUAAUAGCAACAGUGGCGGGUUACGGGAGCUUAACGAGAAACUCACCUCAUCAUCAUCCGUAAACACGAAAACAAACUUUGAUAACGGAUAUAUACCGCCGACGAUGCAGAGGUAUCCUCUUCCCACCGGGAGUGGGAGUGGGACUAAUGGUACGGCGACCAGUAAUGGGAGCGGGAGUAGGAGUAGGAAUGGUAGUAAUGCGAGUGGGAGCAAGACCGGGAGUGGGAGCGGAUCAGGAGGAGGAGGCAUCGUGAGGCGGGAGCCGAACGGUAGAAGAAUGGACAUCAUAAACGAAAGCUAUCUAAUGCGUUGACGAUGGCGUAUAGUGAUGAUGAUGAUGGUAAUGGCUUUUUGCCUGAAUUACUCUCCAGAUCUGUCCCGCACUUUUCGACCCAGGUUGAUACACCGUGAUGGAGAAACGGAUUCCCCAGAUCAAGCGCCCGGGCUUCAAUUUUUUCCUGUCAUUUGUCCCUUCCACGAGCUGAUUCUGUA